GUAACCCUGCCUCUGAUUGGCCGGAGCGAAUCACGUGACCCUCUCCCAAGCGGAGUUUCCACGACAGCUGGAAGCCGAGCGGCACGGGCGCAUCGCUUUCUUUGGUAAAAUAAUCGGAAAUAAAACGACUUGAGCUCGUCUCAGCAUCUCCACGGAAACCCCGGUCUGGCAUGGGCGACAAGAGGAGUCCCACAAGGCCGAAGCGUCAACCGAAGCCCUCCUCCGACGAGGGGUUUUGGGACUGCAGCGUGUGCACGUACAAGAACACGGCAGAGGCUUUUAAGUGCAUGAUGUGUGAUGUCAGGAAGGGGACGUCAACAAGGAAGCCUCGUCCCGUCUCCCAGCUCGUCUCUCAGCAGCAGGUAACUCAGCAGUUCGUGUUGCCCUCGCAGCCCAAAAAGGAAAAGAAGGAGAAGGUAGAGAAGGAGAAGAGCGACAGAGAGCCGGCGCUCAAGAAGAACAGUCACAAGAAGAUGAGGCCGAGGUUAAAAAACAUCGACCGGAGCAGCGCCCAGCACCUGGAGGUGACGGUCGGCGACCUGACGGUCAUCAUCACGGACUUUAAGGAGAAGGUCAAGCCCACGUCCACCGUGGCCCCCCCGUCCAGCACCGUGGCCGCCGCCGACCCCCACAGCCAGAACGGCUCCAGCUCAGAGACCACAGAGAAGGGGCUUUCCCGCUCCUCCUCACCCAGAGGGGAGGGCAGCUCGGUCAACGGAGAGUCCCACUGAGCCCCCCCCCCCUCCCUCCAAACCUCCCCCUCCACACCCAUCUCAUCUGCAGGCAAGGUGGAGAGCUGCACAUCACCUUCUUUUGGAUAUAUAGGAACUGUGACCAAAACACAUCGCAUUUAGAACGUUUAAAUGAUUCUUUAGAAAGCAAUAUGGAAGACCUUUGCUCUGUCUUGGACGUUUUUAGACAUUUUCUCCCGGACAUUUGUUGUAAUGGAGACGAUCCUGCACGCUGUCUGCUAGAAUACUUACUAAGACAGUUUUAUUCUGACGAAGAACUCCCUCAGAACUGACCUGAGAUGUGUCUGAAUAAUUUGGACGAGCUUUAAGGACCCUGUGCGGUUUUCCUUCAGAUACUCCUGCCCUUUUAUUUUUCGAAAUGUGCAGCCCACCCUUACCUUCAGUGGCCGGCAGAGUGACCUAUCCUUCCCCCAUGUGGAACGUUGCGCCUCUGUCUGGAAUCCUUCGCGUUAUAAACCCUGAAUUUCGCACUCGGUGUCCCGACGCUGAACCUUCAACCUCACUGCAAACCCUCGCUCCUGCUCGCCAUUACUCCCAGCCUUUACUCGUGGACUGCCUCUGCUGCGGAGGGACUUUUUUGACGCAGCAUUGCCGGGCACCAUUUGGUGCUUUUGGGUAAUGUUCGGAGCGGGAUGUUUAGUUCAGGUAAUGCUUGUUAUGACUGUAUAAGGGCGUCAGGCAGGUUUUGAUAAAAGCCCUGUUUUAUAUGGUGCGGGUAAAGGUGCAGAAUAUGAUUGUAAAGGAUAAUACCGGUAGUCUACACUGCCCCUUACGUCACAUGUGCUAGAAAUACUAUCAGGGUUUUGUUAUUCUACGUUCGCAGCCAUUAAUUGUGCAGAAUAUAAACAACAACCGCAGACCUGCAUUAAGUGAUUUUCUUUUUUGUACAGAAUUAGCAUUUCUCUAGCUAGUCUCAUUGUUUUGAUGUCCUCAUAGACCAACCACAGACUAUCCAUGGGCAGCAAUGGAUAGUCUAUUGACAAGCUGUUGUUAAACUACCUGGUAAACAUGAAAUCCCAGAAGAUUGAAGUUUACUACUAGCUAACUCGCUACGAUAGAGGUGCAGAUCAACCCUGGGCUAAAAAUGGGCUAAAUAUUAGGGUUGUAAGUCAAAAAAUGUCAUUACACUUGAGUGUCGUCAAAAACACUAUUGAUCUUAAUUUAAUAUUUUACAUGCAGCCAGUGUGGCUCAGAUUGCACUGGUAGAAGUGCUCUCAUGUAUGGUGAUGCAGGGACUGUGAUAAAUGCAAAUCCCGCUGUUUUGAUUGCAUUAAAAAAACUACAAAUGUUCUUUUUACUUUUUGUUUGUUGCUCAUAGAGUUGUGUUUUUAAUAGCACGACAGUAUUUAAUUGUUACACCUGUAUCACGAUACGGAUUGUAUCACCAGAUUCUUGUCAAGCGCUCAGAGAUAUUGGGCUAAUAAUGACCAAUCACACUAGAAAUGCUAAUCCAAUAGGAUUUUGAAGGUAAUACAAUGCUAACAUAUUAGCCAUAACAGCUACAAUCUGUCUCUCAGGGGUGGGUUUCUUUGCAGAGUCAUGCUAAUGAAAAAAAAUCACUUAAUGCAGCUUUGUUGUUAAUAACAGUCUUGAAACUUUGUCCAUACUUCGUCCAGACAGGAUUAAAAAAAAAAAAAAAAAAAAAAAAAGGUGUUUUGUCAAUCACAUGACCUCUACAGAAUGAGAUAUAUCUACGCAAAUACAGGAACAGUUCUUCAUACUGAUGUUUCUCGAAAAAAUAAGCAAAUUUCAAGUCAGGUUUACCAUGGAAAUGUUUGUUUUAAGAGAUGGAAAGAAAGUGGUUAUUUGUCAACUACAUGUAGUGUUUAGUUAAGGGACUGUGGCUGUAAAAGACUCCGGUAUACUCCUUUUAAAUCUCCGCUGCACCUGCUCAGCGCCACAGUGGACGACCAGAGGGGGCUCAUGCUGUUUGGCCCCCACCGUGGACCCAGUUCGGACAAAGCGUGGUGCUUCUACAACGAAAAAUGGGGCUUUGACUUCUGGACACGCACAAUUAAUGUGACGGCCUGCGGUGUGACGGACUUAAGAAAACCGCUUCUUCCAUUUUGACGUAGCAAAGUGGGGGAGCUUUAGAAAUAUACUAAACCCCCAGCAGAACAACUAUAGAUCAACACGAUAACUUAUGAAACCUGUAGAGAUACAUUUCUAAAAAAAAUAUUGUACUACAAUGUUUUGAUGUGGUUGUAUUAUCCAUCAUAGCAGUGUUACUGUCCAGAUUUUUACUUUUAACAUGUUUAGCACAGAUCCUGAGAACUGUCAUGGCAUGAUAAUAUUACGGUCUCGGUAUAUUGUGGGACAGGCUUUGUCUCUUAGUUUGUUUAGCAUCGUUUCGUGUGUGGCAGAUCUCAGGGGUUCACCACUAGCUGGGACUAGCUGUGUGGACCUGUGAGAACUGUCCCGACUCACAUCUGUUAUUCGUUUGUGGCAAAAUUUGAAAGACACUUAAAAUAUAUGUUGGUUGUCACCUGUUGAUAUUUUAUUUGUUGUCUUGCUUUGCCAUGUUCAAUUGUUUUAAAAAUGUGUGAACUUGUUUAUUACAUGUCUGAGUAAGAAAAUGUAAACAAAUGAUAUCAUUUAA